CUGACUCUCACUCCUUAUCAUCUCUUCAACUUCUCUUCCAGAACAAGCACAGUAGUCUCAGAGGAUUUCUCAGUGUUGCUGUCUUCCUGAGGCCAUGAAUGUAGCCUACCAGUCAUCAGUUAUGUAUGAAAGUCAAUCAAAGGCCAGUCCCAGCACAUCAGAUGUAGACAUGGAGGAAGAAUCAAACAAAGAGCUAAGACCUCUUAGUCCCAGCACAUCAGAUGUAAACAUGGAGGAAGAAUCAAACAAAGAGCUAAGACCUCUUAGUCCCAGCACAUCAGAUGUAAACAUGGAGGAAGAAUCAAACAAAGAGCUAAGACCUCUUAGUCCCAGCACAUCAGAUGUAAACAUGGAGGAAGAAUCAAACAAAGAGCUAAGACCUCUUAGUCCCAGCACAUCAGAUGUAAACAUGGAGGAAGAAUCAAACAAAGAGCUAAGACCUCUUAGUCCCAGCACAUCAGAUGUAAACAUGGAGGAAGAAUCAAACAAAGAGCUAAGACCUCUUAGUCCCAGCACAUCAGAUGUAAACAUGGAGGAAGAAUCAAACAAAGAGCUAAGACCUCUUAGUCCCAGCACAUCAGAUGUAAACAUGGAGGAAGAAUCAAACAAAGAGCUAAGACCUCUUAGUCCCAGCACAUCAGAUGUAAACAUGGAGGAAGAAUCAAACAAAGAGCUAAGACCUCUUAGUCCCAGCACAUCAGAUGUAAACAUGGAGGAAGAAUCAAACAAAGAGCUAAGACCUCUUAGUCCCAGCACAUCAGAUGUAAACAUGGAGGAAGAAUCAAACAAAGAGCUAAGACCUCUUAGUCCCAGCACAUCAGAUGUAAACAAGGAGGAGAACUCAAGCAAUGGAGUAAAACCCCACAGGGUUUAUAGUAACAUCUUGCUCUACUUAAUCAGUGGAAAGCUGGGAAGACCUAGAAAUGAUGUGGAUCUGUCCCAGUGGGAGUGGAUGAUAAUGUGA